AAAUGCGAAAACAUUGACCAAAAAAAAUGCUAUUCUUUUCGCGAUUGACAGCAAGUCUCCCUUGUCAACCCCGGCUGCGGAUGCGCUUUCACCGCCGUAUAAGCCGUCUAGGUGGCGAUUCUGGCGCCUUUCCGAGCGUCUACGCUGCAGAUCGCAGUUGUCACACUGGGGGACAGAAAACGAACUCGUCUUCAAAAUCAGCAUGCAAGGCACAGAGCCAGACUGACCAAAAUCAAAAGUCUGAUACAAGUGCACUGCUGACCCGGCGCUUCUGGACCUGCCGCUCGACGUGGCGCCGAGCAGGAAUCAACACACUCCGUUGCCUGGUAGGCUGCACUGUGGGCGACUUUGCCGCACUAUGGACGCUCCAGACAUAUUGCCCUGAGCUGGGAAUGGGGACUAUAAUGGCUGCUUCGAUGGCAUCCGGUAUCACAACGUCCAUCAUUCUGGAGACGGUCCUUCUCCGUCACGGACCAGAUAGGCUUCCAUGGUCUGCAGCGGUGCGCACUGCAAUGGGAAUGAGUCUAGUCUCAAUGGCGGCCAUGGAAGCUGCGGAGAAUCUGGUCGACUACCAUCUUACAGGGGGUGUUAUCAAUCUCAACGACCCGGCGUUCUGGAUUGCUGCGGGGGUUUCAAUUGGUGCUGGGUUUUUGGCGCCGCUGCCAUAUAACUAUUGGAGGUUGAGGGCGCUGGGUAGGAGUUGCCAUUGA